GAGCCGGGUUGCUUGUCUGGGCGGCGGAGGCUGAGCGCGACCCAAGCGAGCCGCGGCGCCCGCCGACCAGGGACAGGCGGGACUCCCGGAACCCCGCUUUGCCCCGCGCGGCCGCCCCCCACUUCACUGUCGCGCGUCCGCUUCGGCCCGAGCCGCCUGGGCCACGAUUCUCCUCCUCUUCCUCCCGGAGGGGAAGGAACGGAGACGGCGGAGUAGCUGCUCCGGAGAGAGCAAGCUGAGGCCCUUGCCCCUGAGGCUCGGGACUGGAGGAGGCGGAGGCGGAGGGAAGUGCGCGUCAUUCCCGGGAGGAGAGUGUUUCACCUCCUGGCAGAGGCUGCGGCUGCCAGUUGCGUAAAAGCGGCAGCGGCGGCAGGCCGGGGCUGGAGGGGCUCCCUGACCAUGGAGGGAAGAUCCAGACCCUGGGACGCCAGGAGCUCGGCUCUGUGUCUUUGGACUGCUGUGUAGGCACCUGAAUUAGCCGACGCUAAGCGGGGGAGGGGAAGUGACAGUAUAUCAUGCAUGCCACUAACUCCAGGGGCCACUCCCCUGCUUUCCUGCAACCUCAGAAUGGAAACAGCCAUCGCUCAUCUGGCUAUGUUCCAGGGAAGGUUGUCCCACUGCGUCCCCCUCCUCCUCCAAAGAGCCAAGCUUCAGCCAAAUUUACCUCUACCAGACCGGAAGCCCGGGCCACCUUUGCUUUCUCAUCUGAGGAACAACAAGCCCAGAGAGAAAGCCGAAAGCAGAAGAGGCACAAAAAUACUUUCAUUUGCUUUGCUAUUACUAGUUUUUCAUUUUUUGUUGCACUUGCAGUCAUUUUAGGAAUAUCCUCAAAAUAUGCUCCAGAUGAGAAUUGCCCAGAUCAAAACCCUCGUCUCAGGAACUGGGAUCCAGGACAAGAUUCUGCAAAACAAGUUGUUAUCAAGGAGGGAGAUAUGUUCCGCCUGACCUCAGAUGCCACGGUGAACUCUAUAGUCAUUAAGGAUGGAGGACUGCUUGUAUUUGGGGACGAUAAAGAUGGAUCCAGAAAUAUUACUUUGCGGACUCGUUACAUCCUGAUCAAGGAUGGUGGGGCGCUUCAUAUUGGAGCAGAAAAUUGCCGCUAUAAAUCCAAAGCGACAAUUGCCUUGUAUGGCAAGUCAGAUGAAGGUGAAAGUAUGCCAACAUUUGGCAAAAAAUUUAUUGGUGUGGAAGCCGGCGGGACACUGGAAUUACAUGGGGCACAGAAGGCAUCAUGGACGCUGUUGGUGAGAACUCUGAAUUCCUCAGGCUUGACCUUUGGCUCCCAUGCCUUUGAAAAGGACUUUUCCAGGGGCCUCAAUGUGAGGGUCAUUGACCAAGACACAGCCAAAAUUUUGGAAAUCGAGAGGUUUGAUACCCACGAAUACCACAAUGAAAGUAGGCGACUUCAGAAAUUCCUGAGAGACCAGGAUCCAGGACGGAUUGUUGCCAUAGCUGUUGGAGAUUCAGCAGUCAAAAGCCUCUUACAAGGAACCAUACAAAUGAUCCAGGACCGGCUGGGAAGUAAGCUGAUCCAAGGACUGGGCUACAGGCAAGCUUGGGCUUUGGUUGGUGUCAUUGAUGGUGGAAGUACUUCUUGCAAUGAAUCUGUGAGAAACUAUGAGAAUCAUAGUAGUGGAGGAAAGGCUCUUGCCCAAAGAGAAUUUUAUACUGUGGAUGGUCAGAAGUUCUCUGUGACAGCUUAUAGUGAAUGGAUUGAAGGUGUUUCUCUUUCAGGUUUCCGGGUAGAGGUCGUGGAUGGAGUGAAACUUCAUCUGCUGGAUGACGUUAGUAGCUGGAAACCCGGAGAUCAGAUUGUGGUCGCAAGCACGGACUAUUCCAUGUACCAAGCAGAGGAGUUCACUCUUCUCCCCUGUCCCAAGUGCAACCGCUUCCAGGUCAAAGUCAAAGAAACGCCUCAGUUCCUGCACAUGGGUGAGAUUAUAGAUGGUGUAGACAUGAGAGCUGAGGUUGGAAUUCUUACCCAGAAUAUUGUAAUCCGAGGAGAAAUGGAAGACUCAUGCUACGCUGAAAACCAGUGCCAAUUCUUUGAUUAUGAUACCUUUGGGGGACAUGUCAUGAUAAAGAAAAAUUUUACUUCAGUCCAUCUUUCUCAUGUGGAAUUGAAACACAUGGGUCAGCAGCACCUGGGGCGGUAUCCUGUUCAUUUUCACCUGUGUGGAGACGUGGAUUAUAAAGGAGGGUACAGACAUGCAACGUUUGUGGACGGCCUAUCUAUUCAUCACAGCUUCUCAAGGUGCAUCACUGUGCAUGGGACAAAUGGCUUGCUGAUAAAAGACACCAUCGGAUUUGACACACUAGGUCAUUGUUUCUUUUUGGAAGAUGGUAUUGAACAGAGAAACACUUUGUUCCACAAUCUGGGACUCCUCACCAAACCAGGCACCCUACUUCCCACUGAUAGGAAUAACUCCAUGUGUACCACCAUGCGGGAAAAAGUGUUUGGAAAUUACAUCCCCGUGCCUGCCACUGACUGUAUGGCUGUUUCAACUUUCUGGAUUGCUCAUCCCAACAAUAAUCUGAUUAAUAAUGCAGCUGCAGGCUCACAGGAUGCUGGAAUAUGGUAUUUAUUCCACAAGGAACCUACGGGGGAAUCCAGUGGAUUGCAGCUCUUAGCAAAACCAGAACUCACUCCAUUGGGAAUAUUUUAUAACAACAGGGUCCAUUCAAGUUUUAAGGCUGGCUUAUUUAUUGACAAAGGUGUCAAAACAACCAAUGCUAGUGCUGCUGACCCAAGGGAGUACCUCUGUUUGGAUAACAGUGCAAGGUUUCGGCCUCAUCAGGAUGCAGACCCUGAAAAGCCACGUGUUGCUGCUUUAAUUGACAGGCUCAUUGCUUUUAAAAAUAAUGAUAACGGAGCUUGGGUCAGAGGAGGAGACAUUGUUGUUCAGAAUUCAGCAUUUGCAGAUAAUGGAAUAGGACUGACCUUUGCCAGUGACGGAAGCUUCCCAAGUGAUGAAGGUUCCAGCCAAGAGGUAUCUGAAUCUCUCUUUAUUGGGGAGAGCAGGAAUUACGGAUUUCAGGGUGGUCAGAACAAGUAUGUAGGCACUGGAGGAAUAGACCAGAAGCCUCGGACGUUACCCAGGAACAGGACAUUCCCAAUUAGAGGCUUUCAGAUCUAUGAUGGGCCCAUUCAUGUCACCAGGUGCACUUUCAAACAAUAUGUGCCAACUCCAGAUAGGCAUACCAGUGCUAUUGGCUUCCUCAUGAAGAAUUCUUGGCAGAUAACCCCCAGGAAUAACAUCUCCCUUGUGAAGUUUGGUCCACAUGUGUCUCUCAAUGUCUUCUUUGGAAAGCCUGGUCCCUGGUUUGAAGAUUGUGAGCUAGAUGGUGAUAAGAACUCCAUAUUCCAUGACAUUGAUGGCUCUGUGACAGGAUACAAGGAUGUUUACGUGGGAAGAAUUGACAACUACCUGAUCCGCCAUCCAAGCUGUGUAAAUGUUACCAAAUGGAAUGCAGUGGUGUGCAGUGGGAACUAUGCCCAGGUCUAUGUGCAGACAUGGAGCACUCAGAAUCUGACUAUGACCAUCACACGAGAUGAGUAUCCAGCCUACCCUAUGGUGCUCCGGGGAAUUAACCAGAAGGCAACCUUUCCACAGUACCAGCCUGUGAUCAUGCUGGAGAAGGGCUACACCAUCCAUUGGAAUGGGCCAGCACCGAAGACUGCUUUUCUAUACCUCAUAAACUUCAACAAGAAUGACUGGAUUCGAGUUGGGCUCUGCUAUCCGUCAAACACAAGUUUUCAGGUUACCUUUGGCUUUCUACAGCGGCAUAAUGGCUCAUUAUCCAAAAUGGAAGAGUAUGAGCCCUUGCAUUCGCUGGAGGAAUUGCAGAGGAAACAGUCUGAGAGGAAAUUCUAUUUUGACUCCAGCACGGGGUUGCUGUUUUUGUAUCUAAAAGCCAAAAGCCACAGGGAUGGUCACAGUUACUGUUCAUCUCAGGGAUGCGAAAGAGUCAAGAUCCAGGCAGCAACGGACUCCAAAGACAUCAGUAACUGCAUGGCCAAAGCGUAUCCCCAGUAUUACAGAAAGCCAUCAGCACUCAAGCCGAUGCCAUCCAUGCUCAAGGGACUCUGUCAGGGCUGCGGAACCCAUCAGGUGGUGUUUACAAGUGAUCCUCAUAAAAGCUACCUCCCUGUGCAAUUCCAGUCACCCAGUCAAGCAGAGACUCAGCGUGGAGACCUGUCUGUUAUUUCUAUCAACGGCACUGACUUUACCUUCCGAAGUGAGGGCGUCUUCCUCCUGGUUGUGGAUGCCUGCAGUGUUCCCUUCCGGUUGAUGGAGAAAAAGGUUUUCUCUUUUGCUGAUGUCAGUCUCAUGGAAGAGUAUUUAAAAACAAGCAUCCCUCCAAGGUCAAUUGUCCUGUUGAGCACAAGAGGAGAGAUAAAGCAGUUGAAUAUUUCAGAUUCGUUAGUAUCUCUGGGAUUAGCCAAACCAGCCAAUCUUUAUAACAAAGGGAGUACCAUAUUUUUGGGAUUCAGUGGAAACUUCAAACCAUCAUGGACUAAGCUGUUUACUAGUCCUGCUAGAGAGGGCCUUGGGCUGCUUGAACAAUUCGUACCUUUGCAGCUGGACGGAUAUGGUUGUCCCAGAGCUGGCACGGUCCGCCGAAGAGACUUGGAGCUGUUGAAGCAAACUUCAAAAGCACAUUAGAGACUAACUAUAACUUAGCUGGGGGAAAAAAUGUGAACUAACUUAUUUAAUUUAUGGCAUUUUAAAAUGACACUGUUAACCCAACGGAACUAUUUUCCUGUUUGAUACAGAAAGGGGAGAAAAGAAAGAAUUUAAAGUGAUUGCUUGAAUAUGGGCUCACGCACCUUCUAGUUGUACAAAAUGUUAAAGAAUUUAUUUGUAUUUGUUAGGCUGGUAUAUUUCAGAGAUCAGUUCUCUUAUUCCUCACCUCCCACUCCUGUGUUUUGUAGUGACCAUAAGCAGUGCUUCACCUUUUGUACAAUGGGAUGUCUUGGGGGAGGGAGGGGGCUUCUGAGAGUCAGCCUGAGUCCUUGAGAGGACCAGCUCUUGUAGCACCUUGGAUACUUGAAGUCUAAUGCUCAGUUGUGUUGUUGACUUUGGGUCAGCAGUUGACCUGCGUGGCUGGCAUGUUCAGGAAUGCCUUGGGCCCUGGUUCCAGGCAGCCUUUGAGGAUUUGGUAUGAUACUGAAUGGUAGAGUUUUAAGUGGCAACUCAGGCCCAGCUCAUGCCCUUUUUUGCCUGGACAUGUGCUAUUUUUAUUCAUUUGUAUAUUGAUUCCUUCUAAGGGUUCAACUUUCAAACAAGAAGUAUGGAAUAUAUUGGGACAAAGGGCUUUUAGGAGUUAGACAUCCCUUUAAUCUGUGACCAUUGGGAAAAAAUUUGACCUGCACCAUGGUCUGAUGUUGGUGGGGCCAUUUUUGCAGCUUUAAUCUUUAGCCUGUUUUGACUGUAUAUUUGUAUUUAAAAUGCAGAGCUGAGCUAAGUAUUUACAUUUUUUUAAAAAAGAAGCAGGCCAUUUUCCUGAACUAUAAACUUGGGUCGUUUCAACUUGCACAAAGGAAGUCUGUUCUUGGAGUUUCUCCUGCACCCAGUUUUUUUUUGUUGUUGUUUUUGUGUGUGGAUUUUUUUUUAAGCCUUACUGCUCACCAACCUGGCAGGACAAUUGCAGAAAGCUUAAUGAUACCCACAAAAUAUUGUACUCAGGGGGAGAAAAAAAGGAGAGCCUUUUAAGGGCCAGAAUCAUGGAGGGAAUAUUCAGAAACGUUUUUUUAGCCUUAGAGGAAUCCGUUACUCUUAACUAAAUUGUUAGAGCCAAUUAAAAAAAGACACUGUGAUGCCAUAUUUUUCUUCCCCCUAGGUGCAUGCAUCUCCUGCCAGUGAGCACUGCAUGUGGCAAAAAGAUUGCUGCCACAGCCUGGGAUGUCACCACACCAAGAGGAAAGAAGCAUUGUAAUGCCUUUACCUUUUCCUAAACCCACAAUGCAUGAAGUGUAGUGGAGGGAUGGCCAUGGCAAGACGGGAGGGAGUAUGUUCAGGUUGACUUUGGCAGUGAGUACAGACAAAUUCACUUUUCUCUACCAAGAGCAAUGGCUGAUGGCCUGUCCUUUUCUGUCCAAGAGAAACUGCAGAGCAGCUCUGUGACUUCUAUUACUUUAUAAAAUAUGCUACCUCAAAGUGCUACCGAUAAACCUUUCUAACUGUAAGUGCUCUUGCUAAGGGCACAUGUCUUAAAGUUUAGGUUUUGGGGUGUUUUUUUUUUUUUGUAUAUCAAUGAAUGAAAUCUUACCUAUUAAAUAUAUUAUUGGAUCAUCGUUCCUCAAGGUGAUUAAAGUUUGUGUGUGUGUGUGUGUGUGUGUGUGUGUGUUUUAUGACCAAUAUCUUUUAUGUGUGAUUUUUAGAGUUUGGCUCUUUAAAGAUUUGGAGAGGAUAUGUACGUUCUAAGGCACUCAGUUUUUCUGCUUUAUAUGCUAAUGAUCAGGGCCUAAGUAAAAUAAAUAAAAAUAUGCGUGCAUGUAUAUUUUUUUAUAUGUGUGUGUGACUCUAUUUAUCUAGCAAGCAGUCAAUCAGUUAAUCUGUCAUUUUUUAUUCCCUAUCCCAGCUGUAAAGAACCUAUGGGCAGACAUAAGGAAGGGAAAUGGUCCUCCACUAAGUAGAUUUUGUAAAACUAAUAAGUAAUCUUCAUAAGGCCAAUGGAGAGGUUCUCAAUGUUGGCUGCACAUUGGAGUCACCUGAGGAGCUUUAAAAACUGUGAAGUCCUGGGCCCCACCCCCCAGCUCCUACAUUCAUAUUUAAUUGGCGUGGGGUGCAGCUUGGGCAUUGCAGUUUUUUUUAAAGCUCUGGGUGAUGCUAAUAACAUGUAGCCAGGUUUAAGAACCACUGCACUCAUAUAAUAGGCCCACUGUUUAACUUCAGUCUAUAAUUUUUUUGUGAGGAAAACAAAAUUAAGAUUAUCUAUUCUUUUUAUUUGCGGUUCCUAUAUUACUUACAAAAUUCCCAGCCCUAAACAAAGCACUUCGCUAUGGUCUCCUUUUAAUCGAACUUUCAAAUAGAAUUUUUAGUCCUUAAUUGUUUCAAAUUGUUAAAUUGGUUAUCGAAGUUGAUAGCCACGUUUCAGCACUUGGGAGCUAGCAAUCUGUUUUAUUUUUACUGAGAAAAUGUGUUCAAAGAUGAUUUAUAAGUUCGUAAGCAUUUUCCAUCAGGGGAGGCAAUUGGUUGAGCUCCAGAAAUGUGGCCGUGCACAAAUCAGCCAGCUGAUGAGAAACGCAGGGCCUUCUCAUAUGUCGACAGACCUGGGUUUUAAGUCUUUCCUGUGAGAUUUCUGCCUCUCCACCUGAAUCAGUGUGCCGUAUAUUAUCUUCAGAGGCUGGAAGAGAGUGCUUGUGAGAAGAUGAAAGGCAGGCUCACGGUCUUGUAGAAUAUGACUCCAAAGCAGCCGCUAAACUGAUGUUUAGACCUGGGUGUGGGGAGGAGGUAUUUAUGACUUCUCUGUUCUCUGGCUCGAUCAGAAGAGAACAUACCCUCAUGCUAUUAAAUGGAGUACUUGGUUUGGGAGGAGGGCUGGGCAAUGAAGUGAUGGAUAGAGACUUGAAUGCUUCACGUAACUAAGUUUUCAUUCCUUAAGGGAUGCAGUAAUGUUUGGAUAAGUCCAGUUGAAAGGCAUUUCAAUAAGCAGGAAUGUGCUUGAUUCGUGUUUGUUUGUUUUUUCAUUUGGUCCUAAGAGGUAAGUACUUAGAUUCCAUUGUGACAAUGUUUGUUGAUUUCAUGAUGCAGAGUUGGAGUUUACCCUCCAGAAUUCUUGUUUGGCUUUCAGAUACUUAUGAAUUCAUGUUUAAUAACUUGAGAAAUUCCCCUAGAAGUGAAGACCAUGAAUGGGAGUAACUGGGUAACAGAUUGUAUCACUGUAGUUGGUCUUAACUUGGUAAUAACCCAGUCUUUUAGAAAUAUGAGCACACACUCUGGAUUGGAGCUCAUUUUCAACAAAAAUUCAGGGAGGAAAAAAAAUCAAGAAAAGGCAUCUCCAGUCCCUUGUUCACAAAUAGCAAAAUGCUGUUCACAUCUUGCUGGACUCUUGGCAUCAUUUGGAAGAUUGAAGGUCUUUUACUCAUAUUUAUCUUCAGUAUGAGAGAGAAGCUGAAAAAAGGAUGCUAAUUAGGCACUGGUGUUGUAGGGAAGGGCACACACCACUUUAUUUUUAUGUGAUAAAAUUAGAGAUGACUGAUUGAACUAUGAUGAUUUCUAAAUGAGGAACUGUGUCCCACAGGGCAUCCAAAAAUGUUAGCCACAGCAAGAUGUGAAAAUGUUAUACCUGAAAAUCCAAUAGUGGGUCAGAAGGCAACUUCACAGAUACAUUUUUAAAAAUUUUCUAAGAUGGAUAUUGUGAUUAUUCUGGAUAUGAAAAGCAAUAACAGAUUUAAAAUUCAUCCUCAGAAAAGCUUAGACUUUAUAAUCAAAAUUGAUAAGUCAGGAAUUGGCAAACUGACCUGUAGGACAAACCUGUCCCCCAGACUGGUUAUAUACUAAUUUUGAGCUAAGAGUGGUUUCGCAUCUUCAAAUAUAACACAUUGGAAAAAGUCAAAAGAAGAGUAAUAUGUUAUGAUGAGAAAAUUAUGUAAAAUUUAAAUUUCAGUGUCUAUUAAUAAAGUCUAGUUGGAGGACAGUCAUGCUCAUUUGCUUACAUACUGACUAUGGCUCGCAUAUGGCAAUGGCAGGUUUAAGUAGUUGCCACAGAGACUGUAUGGCCUACAAAGCUGAAAAUAUUUCCAGGUGUAUCUUGUUUUAUUGUGCUUCACUUUAUUGCGUUUCCCAGAUAUGGUGUUUUUUACAAAUGGAAGGUUUGGGGCAGUGCUGCGUGGAGCAAGUCUAUCGGUGCCAUUUUUCUAGUAGCAUUUACUCACUUUGUGUCUCACUUUUUGGUAAUUCUUGCAAUAUUUCUAACUUUUUCAUUUUUAUUAUAUUUGUUAUCAUGAUCUGUGAUCAAUGAUGUUUGAUGUUAACCACUGCAAAAGGAUUACUCACCGAAGGCUCAGAUGUUGAUUAGCA